UUUAUGGAGUUAAGUGUUUCAAAGUUUAAUGUUUCUUGUGCUGGGGGAGUCAAAGGGGAUAAAUUCUUUUCCAGCAUAGUUGGUCCUAAUGAUAGAGAAGAGCAGUUCAUGUUUAAUGUGCUUUUAAGAGGAAGCUGUUCCAGGAAUGGAUCCAAGUUUCCAGAGUUUGAUAUAUUUUUGCUGCUGUUCGAGGAAAACUUCCUCCUCUCAUGUGAAGAGAUAAGGUUUGUUGUUGGAGUUCUCUUUGUGAACAAGGAAAUUGGACUAGCCAGGUUUGUGAAAUGUCUCUGAACGGAUAUUCCAUGGUAGCUGAGAAGGGAUUUAUUUGCAAUUAUCCAUGCUGUUGUCUCAGCCGAUUUAAAGCAGGUGACCGGCAGAAUGAGAAUUAUAGAAAACCACAGAUGGUGCCACUGGUAAUAGCCAAGACUGAGAGUCAAAAAGAGAUAUUUGGAAAUCACAGGGGACCAAAAUCGUCUGAAAGAAAGCAGCCAAAGAAUGGGAGCAAGAAAUCCUCUACUUGUCAUAGUUUUCAUCAAAGAACACACACCGGAGAAAAACCAUUUAAAUGCAUGGAAUGUGGAAAGAGCUUCAGUGUAAAAAAUAGCCUUACUUCACAUCACAGAACCCACACAGGGGAGAAACCAUUUAAAUGCAGGGAAUGUGGAAAAAGCUUUACUCAGAACGAUCAUCUUACUUCACAUAAAAGAACCCACACAGGAGAGAAACCUUUUAAAUGCAGAGAGUGUGGAAAGAGCUUCAGUCCAAGCAGUAGCCUUAAAUUACAUCACCUUAAACACACAGGGGAGAAACCAUUUAAAUGCAUGGUGUGUGGAAAGAGCUUCAGUCAGAGCAGUGAGCUUACUUUGCAUCAAAGAACCCACACAGGGGAGAAGCCAUUUAAAUGCAGAGAGUGUGGAAAGAGCUUCAGUCAGAGCAGUCACCUUACUUCGCAUCAAAGAACACACACAGGGGAGAAACCAUUUAAAUGCAUGGAGUGUGGAAAGAGCUUCAGUCAGAGCGGUCAGCUUACUUUGCAUCAAAGAACCCAUACAGGGGAGAAGCCAUUUAAAUGCAGGGAGUGUGGAAAGAGCUUCAGUCAGAGCAGUGAGCUUACUUUGCAUCAAAGAACCCACACAGGGGAGAAGCCAUUUACAUGCAAAGAGUGUGGAAAGAGCUUCAGUCAGAGCAGUCACCUUACUUCGCAUCAAAGAACCCAUACAGGGGAGAAACCAUUUAAAUGCAGGGAGUGCGGAAAGAGCUUCAGUGUAAGCAGUAGCCUGAAAUUACAUCACCGAACACACACAGGGGAGCAACCAUUUAAAUGCAUGGAGUGUGGACAGGGCUUUUGUCAGAGAAGUAAGCUUACUUCACAUCAAAGAACACAUACAGGGGAGAAACCAUUAAAAUGCAUGGAGUGUGGACAGGGCUUUAGUCAGAGAAGUAAGCUUACUUCACAUCAAAGAACCCACACAGGGGAGAAGCCAUUUAAAUGUAAGGAGUGUGGAAAGAGCUUCAGUCAGAGCGCUCACCUUACUUCGCAUCAAAGAACCCAUACAGGGGAGAAACCAUUUAAAUGCAUGGAGUGUGGAAAGAGCUUCCGUCAGAGCGGUCACCUUACUUUGCAUCAAGGAACCCAUACAGGGGAGAAGCCAUUUAAAUGCAGGGAGUGUGGAAACAGCUUCAGUCAGAGCAGUGAGCUUACUUUGCAUCAAAGAACCCACACAGGGGAGAAGCCAUUUACAUGCAAAGAGUGUGGAAAGAGCUUCAGUCAGAGCAGUCACCUUAUUUCGCAUCAAAGAACCCAUACAGGGGAGAAACCAUUUAAAUGCAGUGAGUGUGGAAAAAGCUUCAGUGUAAGCAGUAGCCUGAAAUUACAUCACCGAACACACACAGGGGAGAAACCAUUUAAAUGCAUGGAGUGUGGACAAGGCUUUAGACAGAGAAGUAAGCUUACUUUACAUCAAAGAACCCACACAGGGGAGAAGCCAUUUAAAUGUAAGGAGUGUGGAAAGAGCUUCAGUCAGAGCGCUCACCUUACUUCGCAUCAAAGAACCCAUACAGGGGAGAAACCAUUUAAAUGCAGGGAGUGUGGAAAGAGCUUCAGUCAGAGAAAUAAGCUUACUUUGCAUCAAAGAACCCAUACAGGGGAUAAACAAUUUAAAUGCAGGGAGUGUGGAAAGAGCUUCAGUCAGAGCAGUGACCUUACUUUGCAUCAAAGAACCCACACAGGGGAGAAGCCAUUUAAAUGCAAAGAGUGUGGAAAGAGCUUCAGUCAGAGUGGUAGCCUUAGAUUACAUGAAAGAACACACACAGGGAAGAAACCGUUUGAAUGCAAUGAGUGCGGAAAGAGCUUCAGUGUACGCAUUAGCCUGAAAUUACAUCACCAAACACACACAGGGGAGAAACUAUUUAAAUGCAAGGAGUGUGGACAGGGCUUUAGUCAGAGCAGUAACCUUACUUCACAUCAAAGAACCCACACAGGGGAGAAACCAUUUAAAUGUAACGAGUGUGGAAAGAGCUUCAGUCAGAGCGGUCACCUUACUUCACAUCAAAGAACCCACACAGGGGAGAAACCAUUUAAAUGCAGGGAGUGUGGAAAAAGCUUCAGUGUAAGCAGUAGCCUUACUGUACAUGAAAGAACCCACACAGGUGAGAAACCAUUUAAAUGCAGGGAGUGUGGAAAGAGCUUCAGUCAGAGCAGUAGCCUUUCUGUACAUGAAAGAACCCAUACAGGGGAGAAGCCAUUUAAAUGCAGGGAGUGUGGAAAAAGCUUCAACUGUGGGAAUAGCCUUACUUCACAUCACAGAACCCACACAGGGGAGAAACCAUUUAAAUGCAGGGAAUGUGGAAAAAGCUUUACUCAGAAUGAUCAUCUUACUUUACAUCAAAGAACCCACACAGGAGAGAAACCUUUUAAAUGCAGAGAGUGUGGAAAGAGCUUCAGUCUAAGCAGUAGCCUUAAAUUACAUCACCAUAAACACACAGGGGAGAAACCAUUUAAAUGCAUGGUGUGUGGAAAGAGCUUCAGUCAGAGAAGUGAGCUUACUUUGCAUCAAAGAACCCACACAGGGGAGAAGCCAUUUAAAUGCAGAGAGUGUGGAAAGAGCUUCAGUCAGAGCAGUCACCUUACUUCGCAUCAAAGAACACACACAGGGGAGAAACCAUUUAAAUGCAUGGAGUGUGGAAAGAGCUUCAGUCAGAGCGGUCAGCUUACUUUGCAUCAAAGAACACAUACAGGGGAGAAGCCAUUUAAAUGCAGGGAGUGUGGAAAGAGCUUCAGUCAGAGCAGUGAGCUUACUUUGCAUCAAAGAACCCAUACAGGGGAGCAACCAUUAAAAUGCAUGGAGUGUGGACAGGGCUUUAGUCAGAGAAGUAAGCUUACUUCACAUCAAAGAACCCACACAGGGGAGAAGCCAUUUAAAUGUAAGGAGUGUGGAAAGAGCUUCAGUCAGAGCGCUCACCUUACUUCGCAUCAAAGAACCCACACAGGGGAGAAACCAUUUAAAUGCAUGGAGUGUGGAAAGAGCUUCAGUCAGAGCGGUCACCUUACUUUGCAUCAAGGAACCCAUACAGGGGAGAAGCCAUUUAAAUGCAGGGAGUGUGGAAAGAGCUUCAGUCAGAGCAAUGAGCUUACUUUGCAUCAAAGAACCCACACAGGGGAGAAGCCAUUUACAUGCAAAGAGUGUGGAAAGAGCUUCAGUCAGAGCAGUCACCUUAUUUCGCAUCAAAGAACCCAUACAGGGGAGAAACCAUUUAAAUGCAGUGAGUGUGGAAAGAGCUUCAGUGUAAGCAGUACCCUGAUAUUACAUCACCGAACACACACAGGGGAGAAACCAUUUAAAUGCAUGGAGUGUGGACAGGGCUUUAGUCAGAGAAGUAAGCUUACUUCACAUCAAAGAACCCACACAGGGGAAAAACCAUUUAAAUGCAUGGUGUGUGGACAGGGCUUUAGUCAGAGAAGUAGGCUUACUUUACAUCAAAGAACCCACACAGGGGAGAAGCCAUUUAAAUGUAAGGAGUGUGGAAAGAGCUUCAGUCAGAGCGCUCACCUUACUUCGCAUCAAAGAACCCAUACAGGGGAGAAACCAUUUAAAUGCAGGGAGUGCGGAAAGAGCUUCAGUCAGAGAAGUAAGCUUACUUUGCAUCAAAGAACCCAUACAGGGGAGAAACAAUUUAAAUGCAGUGAGUGUGGAAAGAGCUUCAGUCAGAGCAGUGACCUUACUUUGCAUCAAAGAACCCACACAGGGGAGAAGCCAUUUAAAUGCAAAGAGUGUGGAAAGAGCUUCAGUCAGAGUGGUAGCCUUAGAUUACAUGAAAGAACACACACAGGGGAGAAACCAUUUAAAUGCAGUGAGUGCGGAAAGAGCUUCAGUGUACGCAUUAGCCUGAAAUUACAUCACCAAACACACACAGGGGAGAAACUAUUUAAAUGCAAGGAGUGUGGACAGGGCUUUAGUCAGAGCAGUCACCUUACUUCACAUCAAAGAACCCACACAGGGGAGAAACCAUUUAAAUGUAACGAGUGUGGAAAGAGCUUCAGUCAGAGCGGUCACCUUACUUCACAUCAAAGAACCCACACAGGGGAGAAACCAUUUAAAUGCAGGGAGUGUGGAAUGAGCUUCAGUAUAAGCAGUAGCCUUACUGUACAUGAAAGAACCCACACAGGUGAGAAACCAUUUAAAUGCAGGGAGUGUGGAAAAAGCUUCAGUCAGAGCAGUAGCCUUACUGUACAUGAAAGAACCCAUACAGGGGAGAAACCAUUUAAAUGCAGGGAGUGUGGAAAAAGCUUCAGUGUAAGCAGUAGCCUUGUUUUACAUCACGGAACCCACAGGGGAGAAACCAUUUAAAUGUAGUGAGUGGAAAGAGGUUCAGUCAGAGCACACUUUGCAUGAAAAAACACUGUGGAGUAACUUUUUUAAUGUACGGAGUAUGGAAAGAGAUUCAAUGAAAGCAGUAGGCUUACAUCACGGGAUACACAGGAGAAACAAUUGAAAUGUAGGGAGUAUGGAAAGAACUUCAAUGGGAGCUUUAUUCUUCAUCUUGCAGGCUACAUAGAUUAAAGCCCUAUACAGGUUGGGGCCAGGAUUCUUAAAAGAUUAUCUCACCUGUUAUAUAUGCAGCCCAUCACUGAAGUCUGCAGAAGAUGGCCUCUUACGCAUACCAUCUCAUUGGGAAGUCCACUGUGCAUGAUAGAGAAACCUGGCCUUUUGUGUGGUGGCAUCUACUUUUUUGAACUUCCUCCUGUUACAUAUCAGACAGGUGUGUGUUUUUUGUGUGUGGUGCCUAUAGAAGACCUUCCUUUUUCAACAAACCUUUUAAGGGCAGAGCUUUAUUACUGUUUCUGUGGGAUUUUAAAAGGUAAAGGUGUCCCCAUACUUGUAGUGCGAGUCGUUUCCAACUCUCAGGGUGACGUCUUGUGACAUUUACUAGGCAGACCGUAUAUAUGAGGUGGGACUGCCAGUUCCUUCCCCAGUCUUUCUUUAUCCCCCAGCAUAUGCCGGGCACUCAUUUUACUGACCACGGAUGGAUGGGAGGCUGAGUGGACCUCGACCCCUUUUACCGGAGAUUCGACUUCAUUCUUCCCUUGGAAUCGAACUGAAGACGUGAGCAGAGCUUCGGCUGCGUUACUGCCGCUUACCACUCUGCGUCACGGAGGGUCUGUGUGGGAUUUUAAGAUGUUUUUAAUUGGUUUGCAUAUGAAAUGUUUUUUUUAUUGUUGGUAUUUUUGAGAUACUUUCUGGGAAGUGAUUUAUAAAUGAAGAUAAAAUAAUACUAGUCCUUGGUUCUAAUGGUCUCCUUACUCAGUGUUUUCAUAUAGUUUAGUUUAGCAUACCUUUAACUGUUGAUUUUAUUGAUUUUUAGUGUUUUUUAAAUGUUGAUUUU